UCGUUGUCGGUGUUUGGGUUAGUUUAGUUUAGGGUUUGUAAGAACAGAACCAUUUCUUGUCCGAACAACAGUAGAAGGGGAAAAAAAAAGGAAGAAAGAAAAUAUGACGACUGCUCAGUCUCAAGAAGAACUCCUUGCUGCUCAUCUUGAACAACAAGAACUCAAACAUGGUGAGCCUACAGUUGAGGACGAAGACGAUGAGGAUGAAUCUGAUGAGGAUGACGAUGAUUAUGAUGACAAGGAUGAUGAAGGGAAAGGAGAUGUGGGCGGCCGGGGUAAGCAGAGCAGAAGUGAAAAGAAGAGUCGUAAAGCAAUGCUGAAACUUGGAAUGAAGCCUCUCCCAGGUGUCAGCCGAGUUACAGUAAAAAAGAGCAAGAAUAUCAUGUUUGUUAUCUCAAAACCUGAUGUUUUCAAGAGCCCCAAUUCAGACACAUACAUUGUCUUUGGGGAAGCAAAGAUUGAGGACUUGAGCUCCCAACUACAGACCCAGGCUGCUGAGCAGUUCAAGGCACCUAAUCCAAGUACGUCCACAUCACAGCAGCCUGAGCCAUCGUCCACGGCUCAAGAUGAUGAAGAUGUAGACGAGACUGGUGUGGAGCCCAAGGAUAUUGAGUUGGUGAUGACACAAGCCGGGGUUUCCAGAUCAAAGGCUGUGAAAGCUCUCAAGGCUGCGGAUGGUGAUAUCGUUACUGCCAUCAUGGAAUUAACAAACUGAGUUGUUCUGGCCAUACAGUGUUUAAUUCUGCUGGAUUGAUUCCAACUCCCACCCAACUCAAACUUCCCUUGACAUUUGGUGAUCUGAGCUUAUAGAUUUGAAUAUCUGUCUCAUGUUCUCCGCAUUUUUAAUUCUGUGUGAGAAAGACUAAUGUAUCUAUGGUGCGUGGUUUGCUUGUGAAA